GGCAGAGGGAGAGAGAUGACGGAGGCGGCGGCAGCGCUAAUCGGCCUGUCGUGGGCGCCCAAGAUGCCUUCCCUGCCGGCGGCCUGCAGCAGCAGCAGCAGGAAGGGCUCGGCACCGACCUCGAGCAUCGACGCGCAGGGGAGUCUCUGGAAGCCCAGCAACGAGCUCGUGGGCGGGCUCUUCGUGCCGCCGAGGGACCCGAGGAAGGUCAACAAGAUGGCGAAGAAGAACGUCAAGGACACCACCGGCAAGGGCUGGUUCGACAUGCCUGCGCCUACCAUCACACCCGAGUUGAAGAAAGACCUUGAGAUUUUGCAGCUGAGGCAUGUACUGGACCCUAAAAGGCAUUUCAAGAGAUCUGGUAAAUCCAAGGCCCUACCGAAGUAUUUCCAAGUGGGAACAGUUAUUGCGCCUGCGUCUGAGUUCUACUCAGGUAGGCUCACAAAGAGUGAUCAGAAAACAAACUUGGUCGAUGAGAUAUUAUCUGACCCAAAACUGAAGAACUACAGGAUGCGCAAGGUAAGGGAAAUUCAGGAGACACGGACGCCAGGAGGCAACCAGAAGUGGAAGAACAAGGGCAGGCAAACAUUCAAGAGAGCCAAGGAUAGGCGGAAAUAAGCUACACGUGGUGUCUUGUCCGUGUAUUGCACCAAGGAAGAAGCGAGAAAUGGAGCCAAACCAGAAAGAUCUGAGCACAUUGAUAUUGCAGCCACUAGUACUGUCCUUGCGCCUCCAGGGUAAUAUAGCGAACGCAUGUUGACCGACAGCAUUUCCUUUCCUUUAUGUAAGCAGGUGUAACGUAACGUGAGAGAUGUUUGUUCCCUUACUUCCUAGUAAUGUGAUCGGAGCUUGAGCCUUGAUGUAUUAUCCAAGCAUAUUUGCCGAGCAAAGUAUAUUUCUCAUCGUAAUGACGGAAUUUGAGUUUGGAA